AUGUCUGUGCGAAACGGGGAGGAGGAAGCAGACAAAGUGCUGCUAGUCAGAAAAGCAGCCGAAGUAGCGCAGCAAGUACCGGAAGUCAGAAAAGCACACGAAGUAGCGCAGCAAGUACCGGAAGUCAGAAAAGCACUCGAAGUAGCGCAGCAAGUACCGGAAGUCAGAAAAGCACACGAAGUAGCGCAGCAAGUACCGGAAGUCAGAAAAGCACUCGAAGUAGCGCAGCAAGUACCGGAAGUCAGAAAAGCACACGAAGUAGCGCAGCAAGUACCGGAAGUCAGAAAAGCACUCGAAGUAGCGCACGCAGCAAGUACCGGAAGUCAGAAAAGCACCCGAACCGGAAGUCAGAAAAACACCCAAAGUAGCGCAGCAAGUACCGGAAGUCAGAAAAGCACCCGAAGUAGCGCAGCCAAUACUGCAAGUCAAAAAAACACCCGAAGCACUUCAAAAAGUAACACAAACCGGAAUAACGUUCGAAAUACUGCAAACAGUAAUACAAAUCAAAAAAGCACCAGCGGUAACAUAAACAGAAAAGUAAAUCAAAGGAGCACUCGAAGCGCCAAGUACAGUAACGCUCAUCUGAAAAACAAACGGAGCGCCAUAAACACCGUCAAAAACCAGAAAAGCAAACAAAGUGUUACAAAAACUGUCAAGAAUCAGAGAAACAAGCAAAGCGAAUCAAGAACUUUCAUCAAUCAGAAUAGCAAGCCAAGAACCAUACACACCAGUAUAAAUCAGAAUAACAAGCGCAAUUCUAAGACACCUUUACCAUCGCUUAUAUUUGACUGCACACGUAUACCAGAAAGUUGUAAAAACAUGAAAGAUGCUAUUGACAACGGGAAACCUAGAUAUCGUUCUCGAACUAGCGAUGGUAUUUCAAGUAACAGACAAGAGGCAUGUGGCAAAACCCGGGCACCGAGCGGGAUGUCAUGUGACGAAUAUCCGUUUGCUUCCACCAAGGAAGGAGGAAAAGGCGCUAAAAUAUCUGUUAUUCCGCUCGAGGAAAACCGUUCCCAAGGGGGACAACUCGCAGCGUUUUAUCGGAAACAUGGUGUCACAACAUCCGGUCGUAAAUCAAAAUUUAAACUGGAAUAUCCGUAAUAAAAGACUGUGUUUUCCAAAUGGAAAAACAAUGAUUAACAGCUGUCAUAGAAGCAAAAUAGAAUAUAAAAAUCCCUUUCAGAAAAAAAAACUUCUAAAUUUUUUCAGCGCAUCUAACGGAAGUAAGUAUCCACAAAGAAAACUCAUUUAUGAAUAUUGUUCAAAAACAAGCACUGAAAAAACAUUUUGAGAAAGAUUUUUUGUGAAAGCGAUAUGCAUUUGCAAUAUAGUACUUAACAUAUUCUUUGAAAGUUAAACGUUUACUUCUGUAGAAUUUGGAGAUUUAAUGCUUAUAUAAGUCUUUUUCUUACAAAGUACAACUAUGGACGAUCUAAAGUGAUGCAGUAAAGGUGUGCAAAUGAAGGUUUGAUUCUAGUUCAAGUGCACAUUUUUUGGACGCGAUAUAAACUGUUGUUCCAUAAAUAAAAAUGUGAUAUUCAUUGUUUAUUUAUUUAAAUUAUACAGUACUAGUCUGCAGGCUAUAGUGCAGAAUUCAGGAACUUCAACGGGGAACUACCGAAAUCAUUCAGAAUUCAUCGUUUAAUUGACUAAUCUCCCUUUAAAUGAUAUACGUUUACCAUGUAUUCUGCUUUUAACUAUGGACUUUCACAAGAGCGUUAUGGUGGUGAUUAAACUGUCAUUCUUUUUCUAAUUUUACCACACUUUGACGGUUCCAUAUACUAACUUAGCGAAAUACGGUUGAAAAAAGUCAAGGGAUGAAUACUUCAAAAUAAUUAUCCAGUGUUUGAUUCAGAAUGAACUACCGCCGUGUAGAAAACAUAUUGAACUUGGGUAUGAUGACGCUAAUAAAGUCUUUAAAUCGCACAGCGGAGCUUAAGCGUCAAUUUAUUAAAUUACGGUGACAAUCUGCCUAUAAAGUGAUGUAAUAUGCUCUACCUGUAUAAGUCUAAUGUGUCCAAAACUAUCGAGUUUGACUCUUUAAUUCCACGUGCAUCAACCAUUUUGAGAUCGGAAAGUUUAGAUCUUCUGAUUUGUUGAUUAAACUGACCAAUGGCAAGACAGCAAACUCAGUCUUAUAACUGGAAGAGGAUCUGCCUUCGUCAAGAGGGCUAAUUCCCCCAUACGGGGAUAUUUUUUAAUUAACGAUUGAUCUAACAUUAAACAGUUGUUCCAUUUUCAAGAAAUAUUAAAACUUUGAAUGCUCACUUCAUUCGCAUGACUGGCCCCACUACGCUAUGGACUCGAGACCGCGCAAGGGAUAUAAAAUGCUUUCAUGUGCUGGCUCACGGAAGAUCAGGUUCUACCCAGGUGCCCGCUUGUGCCUGAAUUUAUGCUCUGAGAGGUACCUUAUACCGUCUUCCAUAAGCAGCCGAAAAUUCAGCAAAUGACCUGUAUAAACAACAAAUAUAUAUAUAAAACAUUGACUUUUCUA